AUGGCUCCAUCUGGUACCAGUCUUUCUAAAUCGUCUGACAUAAAUCAUGGCGUCCCACAAUAUGCAUGGCCUUACGGAUCCUCGUCGUUUGGCGAUGACUAUGGGGAGUACCAAUCUUCCGGCGUCACUGGUGUUGCUCUCUCGCAAGCUGCCUAUACCAAAUUCUUAACAGCUGGGACUUCGGGUUGGCAAACAGGCAAGGCAAUUCAACUUCCGCAGCAUUCCGCUUCUAUCCGCACACUAAACCAUAAUUCAGCUUCGACGAAUUCACAGAUGUAUUCUCACUAUAUCCAAGUCGGAAGCUUCCAGCGGGGCCUUCCUAGCACCAAUGAUAUUUUAGCCGGGGGGUCACCGUUUGGUCACACAACUAGGUUCUCUACCUCACUGUUCCCAACAUCUGGACAUAACGCCAGCAAGACCGUGAAGAAAACGUCCCACGCAAUGGCCUACUCAGCCAAAAAGAGCCGUCAUAAGAAAGGCAGACGCAGUGCUCAUGGCAAGCAGAGGACAUAUUCUGGCAUACGUCGAUUCCCUUCGCCAGGCGUCGACUGUCUCGCCCUUCCGGCGCCUCUUCUAUCACCAGUCUAUUUCAUUGGAGGGCCGAACAGGCGAGCCUCAGAAUUGGCCUUAUCUCUUGGCCACGAAGUGCAUUUUGCCGAUGUUAUUGCUCUGUUAUACCAUCGAUAUCUACCCUGCCAGCUUGAGCCGCAUCUGCUUCAGUUAGUGGGGAAGAAGCGCUCUGGGCUAACAGCCAGAGAACUUCGAGCUAUGAGACUCAAAUCUACACAGGCUCGUGCAAUCGGAGGUCUUCUAUUACCUGAUCUACAGGACUGGCAAAUGCAUGGGCUUCUCGAAGCGGAACCAUUGAGGAUUGAUAUUAAUUCGAUUGAAACAUUGGCAUCUGGGGACUGCUACUUAGAGCGAGUGGAUAUGUGUACGCAAUCCUUUUAA